CCAAUAAAUCUUUUUUGCACCUUUAUCUCAAGUACUUCUUGAUACCACAAAAAUAUUUUUGAGAUGACGAAUACGAUUAAGGAAAAUGGUAAGUAUUUAACUAACCUGUACCUAAUAAUUAGAAGUAUCUGUUAUGCAAAAGUUAGGUACUUAAUAUGAACUGUCUCGUGGUUUAACAGGUCAAUGUACUCAAAUACACCAACAAUUAUUUUUGUUAUGAGACGAACUAUGAAAGCGUGAAAAAAGUCAGGUGUUCCAUCGUGCAGAUGCGAACUACCACAAUUAAUAAAUACAACGCCGGAAUCAAGCACUGUAGAAGAAAUGGGUACAUGGGGUUUCAGUCUAUAGGUUUAAUUUUCUGUAAAACAUUAUGUAGUUGCAAUAUUAUGUCAAAAAUUGCAAUAAUUUUCAAAAUUCUAUGAGAAAAGAUCUGUACAAAACGGCAGCGUGCAACCUCAUAUAUAAACCUUGGUGAUUGUUGCAACACUCUCAGUACGACUCUAGUCGCUUUGCCGCUUGGAGCAGGCGCGUUGCACGACGCCGGCCACACGGAGAGGGCGAGAGAGGUUUAACUCGAAACUACAACCUAACGCAAUUUUGACAGACAUGUGGACCGAGUGAAUGCAGUGUUCAGUGACGUAACAAUAGUGAACAGAUCCUAAGAGGACAACAAUAAUACAGUGGAGGUGGCAAUAGUAAACAAUGGAUACCAAAAGCUCGAUCUCAUCACAGGAGUGGCACAUACCGAGACCAUCGCUAUCAGGCAGUAGCGGAGCCGGGAGCUUGAGCGAUGCGCGAUCUCGUGGUGGCUCCGCCUCCAGCCAAGGCUCAUCAAGUAACCACAGUACCCACAGUGUAUCAUCAGGCUCAUUGCUACUGAGCGCAGCGCAUUUAGCACGCAUGCACGGAAGAAGUACAGAACCAGAUGAGGUUGGAAGCUAUCACACCAAAUUAGGGAGCUAUGGACGUAAAUCAGGACAUUCAGAGGCAGUGGUCGCCAUUCCUGAGGAGUCACAUGACGGUUUGGACUCUGUUUGGAAUGGUGUCAAACGAAGUUCGGGUCCGGGUCAGGACACGCAGUCAAUCGCCAGCUCGACCCACUUCACCGUAGUCAACGGUUACACGAAACAUCGCACAGGGAAGGAACCCAAAUCCUGUUGUUGCGAUCACUCGCACCAGAUAACUGUCCUCGUUAUAUCAAUGACGAUACUAUUCUCUGCGUGCAUACUCGCAGCCAUAUGCUUCGUUGAAAUGCGAAUGCGCAAGGAGACAGGGAUGUACAAAUAUUCAUAAUCUCGAGUAUAUCUCAAGUGAUAAGUGUAUAAGUAUUGAUUUAAUCGACCAUAAUUUACUUAGCUCGCAGUUUUCUGGUACUCGACAAUGUCUUGUAACUAAAUAUUACACGCGAGAAACUGUUUGUAACAUUUGUAGACAAUUGCUUCACAUUCAAUAAGUACCAAUAGUUAGACAAUACAAUAGUGCAAUAUAUUACUUACCCAGUUUAUACAAUAAUUUAGAAUAAUUUAACAAUAAGUAAAACUUUAUUUAUUUUAAGCUAUUAAGCUGUGAUGUUCAUGUUAUUUUUAAAUAAUCUGAAGGCUAAAUUGGUUUCCUCUCGAUUUUAUGAAAUAAUUAAUUCAUAACAUUAUAUUAUGACGUAUUCAAAUUAUUUAAUAGAUAUUAAGUAAAAUCUGUUUGAUAAUAGUUUAAAUUAUAAUGUGAUUAAUUUAUGAAAUAAGUAGGUAUUAUUUAGGUCUCUUCAAUGGUUGUGUCGACAUUGUAUGUUUUCUACUGAUACAGACCAUAAAUGAUUCUGUAAUUUAACAUUACAAUUGAACAAAAGUUUUAUAACAAAAAAAAAAUGGCUAACUAGACAAGAUCCAAUCGAUCUAUGAUCAUCACAUCUAAAUUUCGUCACAAUUUACAAUGUAGUUACUGUCAAUAUUAGAUUUAGCGUUAUAAAGCGAUUAGAUUAGCGAAAGGGACCUGUUUACACAUCGAACUUCAGGGUAGCAAUAGGUGUUUAUUACUGUUGAUAUUUCUGCAAAGCCAAUUAAGUUCAUUUUAGUACCAAAGUAAUCAUUAUUUGGUGUAGUAACGGCUUAUUCAGGCGCAAUAAUUUGAACUGCACUAAUAUUAUGUUCUUAUAUCGUUAGCAUACAAUAUCGACACAGCUUUUAUUCGAAUUUCAUUCAAUGUAUAAAAAGUUGCAAAUUUUCGUAAGAACCAUGAAAAUCUGCACCUUUAUUAUUGCCUAUACAUAAUAACGUUUGUUAUAGGACUAUUUUGUAAUAAGGCAGUGGCAUAAUAAUUAUAUGAAAAUUAUUAAUGUGGUUUUAUUAAAGUAAAUUAAUUCAAUUGUUAUCGACAAACUGUGAUAAUAAACGAAAAAUAACGAAGUUGCGUUAUUAUUAUUUAUUACCUCCUUACCUACUUCAAGUUUUUAGUAAAAACAAUCGUAUUUGGUGUACUUUUAAUGUUUUGGAAUUAUAACUAUCGCCUUAUCUGUUUUUUUUUUCCUUAGAUACUAUAAUUCAAUCAAAAAAUAUUCCAUUCAAAUUGCUUUAGUAUAAUAAUGGGUGAUCUUGCUAAAGGCACCCUAUAAACAAACUCCUUAUUUAAUGAUGAGACAGUACUUAACUCUUAUAGCUAACAACUCGCAUGAGAACUUUGCUUGCGCAAUACACAAAGCGCCAUCUCUUGGUAUGUCUUUGAAGUUUUUCGU